AUGAACGGCUGGUUACGUAACGGCGGAGCGUGUUUACUGCUCAUCACCGCGGCACAGACCCCAGACCUGUUGUCAUCAGGAGACUGGAUUGGACACGAGCACAUUUCUUUUUCUCUGCGGUCACAAACCAGUGAAAGUACAUCUCCCCGCGGAGCCCUUCCUCUAUUGUUUUAUGAAGAUAUGUCAGAGAAGAUGCAUGUGUUUCGGGCUCGGCGGCUCAGCUCUGAUCGGGAGCAGAUGUGGAGGACGCGCCAACCUGAAAUGAGCCCUCGUCUCCGGGUUCGAUCGGGCGCCGAGCUGCCUUUAAAUGGAGGAGAUCCGGGGCAAGCCGGGUCACAGCAUGGGCCUGGUGGGAAGUGGUCAGCAGAUCCAGACGUGUCGAAGCUGAGUGGAGCCGUGCUGUUCCCUGUCAGGACCUGCCACGGACCGGACCUGCCACAGACCGGACCUGCCACAGACCGGACCUGCCACAGACUGGACCUGCCACAGACCGGACCUGCCACAGACCGGGACUUGAUCCACAACCACAGAACUGUUGCGGUCAGACUGUUGCGGUCAGACUGUUGCGGUCAGACUGUUGCGGUCAGACUGUUGCGGUCAGACUGUUGUGGUCAGACUGUUGCGGUCAGACUGUUGCGGUCAGACUGUUGUGGUCAGACUGUUGUGGUCAGACUGUUGCGGUCAGACUGUUGUGGUCAGACUGUUGCGACUGUUGCGGUCAGACUGUUGCGGUCAGACUGUUGUGGUCAGACUGUUGUGGUCAGACUGUUGCGGUCAGACUGUUGCGGUCAGACUGUUGCGGUCAGACUGUUGCGGUCAGACUGUUGCGGUCAGACUGUUGCGGUCAGACUGUUGCGGUCAGACUGUUGCGAUCUUCUCCUAAAAUUGCCCUGUGUCCUCAAACGCCUGGUACCCCGCGCUCACACCCACCCCCUACGACACCACGCCGUCUUCCCAAAGAUACACUUCCCACUUCCGUAUCGGCGACAGCAUCUGACAUCUGCCUCUUUCCGUCGCAGCGUGAGCGCCGGCCCGUGUUGUUUCCACCCUAAACCCACACCUCUACUCUACGCCUUCUCCUUAUCUCAGCCUUAUCGUGGUCUUAUUCACCGCGGAAGGAGGCGGAAGACAGGGAAAAAGAGAGAAAGUAUCGCUCGAGGGUCGGGGGGGGGGGGACGUGAUGGAGCCCAGGAGCUGCCCCUCUUCCAGCUCAUCCCGUCCCAGAGGCAGCUGGUGUUUCAGGGGGACAGACUGCCCCUCCAAUGCACAGCGUCCUACCUGCACCCCACCAUGGAGCUGCGCUGGAGGCACAACGGGGUCUCGGUGAGGACCCAGGAGGACCGUGGCGUCACGGUGGAGGAGAGCAUCAUCCACGACUGCAGCCUCAUCACCAGCGAGCUGGUCCUCUCCAACAUGGACGUGUCUCUGGCCGGGAACUGGGAGUGCUCCGUCUCCAGUCUCCGCGGGAACAGCUCGAGACUGAUGGAGAUUGUCGUCCUGGAAACGUCAGCUCCGUAUUGUCCCAACGACCGCAUCACCAACAACAAGGGCGACUUCAGGUGGCCGAAGACUCUGGCGGGAAUCCUGGCCUUCCUGCCCUGUGCCCCUGCUGCGUUUGGCUCCGCCCCUCACCCUUCAGGCCACACCCCUCGCUCGCCCCACUGGAGGGGAGAAAGGAAGGAGAAAAAGGCGUGGAGGAGGUGUGACCGCACGGGACGCUGGGCCGAGGAGGACUACACCCAGUGCCCCUACGCCAGCGAGCUCACCCGGGUCCUCCACCAGCUCACACAGAUCUCUGUAAACACCAGUAACGCUCAGCCGCUGGGCCGGCAGUUGGUGGCCUUCACCAGCAGGGCGGCGCACUUCACUGACGUCAUGGAUGUGAUCUUCGUGACUCACCUGGUGGAGCGGCUGACGAGGCUGCUGGGAAAACGCAGAGACCUCGGGGAUUAUAUUUCGGACAUCGCCAGCAACAUGAUGCAGGUGGAGGAGCACGUUUUGUGGAUGGCCCAGAACGAAGCCCGUGCCUGCACCCGCAUCGUGCAGUGUGUAGAGCGGAUCGCUGACCUGGCUCUGGCCUCCGACAAUCGGGCCAUAUCUAAGGUGUCCGCUAACAUCGCUCUGGAGGCUUUCCUGGUGCAGCCCUCUGACGUCCUGGGCCUGUCCUGCACCGUGCACCAGCGCCCCUCGCACCUGUCCCACAGCGACGCCGGGAGACGACCGGACGCCGCGGGAGAAUCUCUGCUCAAGUUCAAAUGCCACACAGUCAACAGCAGCAGCAGCAGCAGCAGCAGCAGCAGCAGCAGCUCGGCCGCCAACCAGCUCCACAAGACCUGGCAACGCAACGCUGCCCAUCCCCGAGUGACAGACGCCAUCUUGUCGACAGCGGGAGGAAAAACAGUGACGGGGCCGAAGGCGUCGGAGGCUCUCGAGUGUGGAGUGGUGUUUUAA